CCUUUUCCCAUAGUGCUAUUGUGUGUCUCCUGAUAGGUGGCAUUCAAGAUGUACUUGGGCAUCACUCCAAGCAUCACUAAUUGGAGCCCAGCUGGUGAUGAAUUCUCCCUCAUUUUGGAAAACAACCCCUUGGUGGACUUCGUGGAACUUCCUGAUAACCACUCAUCUCUUAUUUAUUCCAAUCUCUUGUGUGGUGUGUUGCGGGGAGCCCUGGAGAUGGUUCAGAUGGCCGUGGAGGCCAAGUUUGUCCAGGACACCCUGAAAGGAGAUGGCGUGACAGAAAUACGGAUGCGGUUCAUCAGAAGGAUUGAAGACAAUCUCCCAGCUGGAGAAGAAUGACCAUUCUCAGGACAAGAGGUAGCCAGCGGGAGGACUUUUUGGAAGCAGAAAGGCUCAGUGCUCCAUCUGCUCCCUGGAACUCAGUGACUCUUUAAUAUCGAUGUUCUAUAUUCUUCUAACCUUGUUUCCAUUCUCCAUGCUAAUAAAGAGCAGACUGGUAUAGUCCAUUUACACCACAAGUAUGCACAUUCAGAAGGGAAAUUCUUCACUCCCUUCCCCUUCAAAGGGGCUGGAUGUAAUUGUCCUUGGUUGGACUAGAAAGAACUCAAACUAUUUUACAUUCCUGUACAUUUUCCAGCACAAAAUCUACUUUGACCCCAUUGAGAGACAAACCUGGCACAUCUAUUCCUUGGCCUUCGUCAAGCCAUUGACAAAUGGCAGUAGGGAAUCUGGGGUUGUUGGGGGGAAGGAUAGCAGGGUGUGGGUAGGAAUUUCUCGGCGCAGUGUGACACGUUGUAGUGCUUGCCAGGACAUGGGAGCCAGUCAUACCAGAAACACCGACUUCUGGGAAGCCUCCCAGGCCUCAUUCCCCCUGCUGUUGGAAGCAACAUCUCCUCUUUUUACAGAGGGUCUGUCCUUUUUCUUAUAAAUUCUUCAAUAAAGACACAUUCUUGAGUGAAAUCCCAAUC